GCCAGCUGCGAGGAGGUCCCCAUCCAGAUUCCUCGAUGGGCCAUGCUGCCAUGCUGCUCGAGUUUGCAUGAGCCUGCAGCCCCCCCUGCUCUCGCCCAAUGUGAGCACAUGGCGGGCUGGCGGGCAAGCAGGACACGCGGGUGUGGUCACACCUCCGUCGCCGUUGCUGGCCCUGCUGGCCCUGCUGGCCCUGCUGGCCCGGGUUGCCCAGAGUUUGCCGUCCCUCGUCUGCACGCCAUUAGCCGCUCAAUGGGAUACUGUGGGGCUUCCUGUGCGAGCAUCAUGAUGCCCGGCGCCUGCCAGACGGGUCGACGGGUCGAGGUCGGCCGUCUCGUCUGUUAAAACUGAAUUCAUCACCCCAGUCCUCCACGGACCGCCUCCUCCUCCCCCAUUUCCCUUCUUCACGACGACUCAUCCGAGUUUGCCACAUUUGAGUGCUUCGCUGUGCGAGCCAUCCUAUCGUUAGCCUUUUAUUAACAUCUCCUAGUCUUGGUCUUUUUCCCCCCUACGGCGCAGAGCGUCGUAUUGCAGCAUCUCCAUCCUCCGGAGGAUAGGGUUCUUUUUAUAUCCUAUGAUGACCGCAUUUUGUACUACUGCAACUGCGACCUAAGAAUUUCCCAUAAUGGCAGAGCUGCUUGUUCUCCCCCAGAAUGCUGACCACGAGCCCACCCUGCAGGGUCGGAGGCGGCGCCGUGGUCUUAAUACAAUAAUCGAGGAAGAGAACGAGGACUAUGUCUCGCCCACACGCUUGCCCUUCAUGAGGAAAACCACGGCUAGGGACAAGACUGCAGACCAGGAGAGACUCCAGGCGUGGUUGGCCCCCCUCGAUGCCAUAUCCAGCGAAGACUUGCCCACCCCAAGGGCCUUCCCAACCCCGAGGGGCUUCCACUUCAUGACCGCACCAACACUGCCAUCCUCACCCUCGUCGGCCUCGGCCUCCGGUGAGGAAGGCAGCUCCCACGGCUCAUCCUCCUCACGUACCAACUCCUGGAACAGGCACAGUGCCAUGACAGAUGUCACCGAGUUUGAUGAUCUGUACGGCGUAUCCGACGAGAGUGAACCCGAGAUCGAGUCCAUGAGAGCGCCAAGGAACAGGAAGUCAAAGGGUCCUCUGGUCUCAUCGAGGACAUCAUCCAGCGAGGCCAGGAAAGCACUGCCACAGCUCGUGAUUCCCGGUGGACACCAGCUCAACACCGUCAAGUGGUCGCCAAAGCAUCAAGAUUUGAAGAAGACACUCGUGUCGCCGGUGCCCCCAACACCACCGUCAGCUGUCGCCAUGUCUCCAGCCAUGCUGUCUUACAUGCAGGCUCAGCAUGCUCAACCCAUCCCGACCAUCUCAGCACCGCCCUCGCUCGACGGCUCAUUGGAUGGAAGCCUCACCUCCGAACAGCUGGCGGCCAUGUCGGCGCCUCCUACUCCGGUAAUGGGCAACGAGGAUCCCGAGGAUAGCGGGGACUGGACCGGAAUCCAGCUCCAGCCCGGCGCCCUGGCAACCUUGCAGGCCUUGUCUGGCCACGAGGCAGAUGAGGAGGACCAGCCUCAACACGAGCAACCCAUUGAGGUAUCUAGGGAGCCAAUGGCAGAGUCAAGACAGGCGCCGCCUCGUCUGAUGACCAGGAACCUGUCGAGGGCAACCAUCGCGCUCUCACCCGCGCAACAGAGAUCCAUGACUGGCCUGACCAAACUAGACAUCCCUUCGCCUGGUGGUUUCUUCUCCGGCCUCUCCCCACGCACUCGGACGACAUGGCACCUCGAGACCCCGCCAGCAGACGAGGUCGCACCCCCGACUUCAACCACAGCUGAGCAAUUCUACAGGCUUCCCUGGAACAUUGCUUCCGCGCCUGCUAUGCCACCCCCACCAAGACCGGAACAAAUCGUUGAGCACGUCGUGGAGAUUCCAGAGGCCGCCGAGGAGGAGGUCCAGACAGCAAAGCGAGUCGAGGAGCCUGUCACUGCGAGGAGAAUCCCCGACUCGCAAUUGGAGUCUUUCCCCGAACUCGACGAGGAUGUUCACUCGCCGACAUCACCGAAAGAAGAAGACCACGUCAAGGAAAUCGUCGUCGACUACGACCCAGAAUACGCCCAAAAGCAACAAGAAAUCUCUGCGUCGCACCUCAACCGUACCGAGGUUUGGCUGCGCGCGCAGUUUGCGUACCUGAGAGGCGUUGGCUUCGAGUCCACUGAGGCAGAAGCAGAGACGGAGCCAGAGAAAGCGGCAGUCAUGACAGAGGAGUCACAAGAAGCGUCAGAUGAACUGGAAAAGCUGCCAACGACCCCGCCCAAGGGAUCCGUACUCAAGACGGCAAUUUCAGCCGCCUCGCCCGCAGCCAAGAAGUCUGUCCGCUUCUCAAACCGGCUCACGUUCGCCCCCGCCGAGGGCGAUAUCCCAAAGAACCUCCCGUCCAAGCUCCUGCGACAGGAGUCGGCCUUCUACCGGGCCUUCCAAUCCAUGACUGUCCGCUCGACCCGCGCCGACGUCUUCGUCCACCGGCUCCCCCGCUUCGAGGCCCUCCAGGCCGAACGCAUCUCGCUCCGCGAGCAGCACCGCGACCGUCUCUUGGGCAAGUACCAGCUCUCGGUGGUGCCCCAGUCGGCCAAGAAGAGGAUGAGCGCCAACGUGGCUCGCGGCGACGACGAGGUGUUUGAGGACCCGGAGAAGAUGCGCCUCGACAAGGAGGCCGAGGCUCUGAAGCAGAUGGCCAACGCCAACUGGCACGUCGCCGCGACCAAGAUGCUCAACGGGGGCAGGCUGGUGUGCGCCCCCGUGCACAAGCGGCUCGCGAGGCUCUCUCUCGCGCCCAGCAAGGGACGCCACGGUGGUGCCAUGCGCAGCCGCCUUCGCAUCCUCGACCUCGGCGGCCAGGCGGCGUGCGACUGGGCCUGGCACGCGGCACUGCAGUACCCCAACGCAAAGGUCUACACCGUGACGACCAAGGCCAUCCGCCAGCUGUCCAACUCCAACAUCCGCGGCCCGCCCAACCACAGGCAGGUUGCCGUCAACAGCUUGGGCCGCCUCCCCUUCGCCGACGACCAGUUCGACGUCGUCUCGGCCCGCGAGCUGCACAAUAUCCUCCGCUCUUCGGAGGUCUCCGAGAAGGUCGGCGGCGACGAGUGGGACGCCUGCCUCCGCGAGGUCAUGCGCGUCCUGAAGCCCGGUGGAUACGUCGACUUCAGCGUCAUGGACUCGGACCUCGUCAACGCGGGGCCUCUGGGCCUCGCCAAGAGCGUCGAGUUCGGCUUCACCCUCAAGACGCUGGGCUACGACCCGGCCCCAACGAGGUCCUUCCUGUCGCGCCUGUCGCGCGCCGGGUUCGAAGACGUCCACCGCGGCUGGGCGGUCCUGCCGCUCGGCCCCAAGCCCGCCGCUCGGCCGGGGCCCGUCCGCUACGGGCCAAAUGGCCCCGUGGGCGCGGAGCCCUCGCCCCCAUCCGGUGGCAAGACCCUCUGCCUGGACGCCAUGGCGCCGGGCAGCCUUCCCGGCAGUACCGAUGCCGCGGCUGCGGUCGCCGGCCUCGCGGGCACAUGGAGCUGGGAGCGGUGGAUCCUGCGGUGCGAGAUGGAGAAGGCCGCCGGGGAGGCGCACAGCGGCUUCUCGCUCGCCGACACCGUGACCACCGAUGGUGGUGCCAUGAAGGAGGCGGGCAAGAGCCUCGAGGGCGUGCACGCUGUUGUUGAGGAGGGCAGGGCCUGCGGGGCUGGGCUCAGGCUGCUGAAGGGCUAUGCAAGGAAGCCCGAGAGGUCGGUUACGCAGGAGGUGCUGGACGCUCUCGAGUGCCUCGAUGUGACGGAAUACUGAAGGCUGACAAUUACCGUCUGGCCUCUAAUUUUUCGAUACCUCGCAUACCAUGUGAUUUCUUUUUCCUUCCUAUAUUCCCCUUUUUCUUUUGACGGGUUUCUUUAUGGGUUCAUAGCGUAUCGGGCGGGGAUGAUCUGUACGAUGGAUGGUGAAUGAUUAUACAUGGGCAUGGACAUGGGGCAUACGAGACUUUUUCUAACUAUCGACAUCGUCUUGUAGACAUUUCAUUUGUGUCUGGUCCACCGGGGUCCUUCCUACACGUCCCGGCUUACUUGUACAAUACAUCAUCGAUUACAGAGCAAGUAGAUAUAUACAUAUAUAUACACGCUAUCGGAUGGGGA